CAAAAGACGAAGAAGAAGAUAUUGCACGAGACUGCUGUAAACAUGGCAACAUUUUUUGGUGAGGUUUUAUCUGUGUACUCAAGAGCAGUGGAAGAAGAUGAUUACGAUGGAGCGGAAGAAGAAAACGAAGAGGAUUUACAAAUACGUCGGGAAAUAGAAGAGAAAAGAGAGGUUCAUACCAGAUGGUGUCCAGAGGUUUCCAAAGCAGUAGAGAGCAAUGAUAAGCUCCAGUGCUCUGAUCUGAUCAUAGCAGUGGGACCAAAUGCUGCAGGUUUUGUCUCUGCAUACAUUCUUAGCUCUGAGGGCUGGAUGCAGGUUGGGUGGGUGUCUCUGUGGAAUGAAAGGAGUCGUGGUUCCACUCGGCCGGACAAGGCUCCCCUCCCUGAAGAACCUGGCUGUAUUUUCUACCAGCAGAAGAGCUGUCCGUCUGUUCUUAUCUGCCAGUGUACAUGCUAUAUUGCAGAAGAUCAGCUGUUCCAAUGGGCUGAAAAGGUUUUGGGCAACAUGCAGAGCAGAGGACUGACUGUGACGGUGUUGUCCGAUUCUCCAGUCGCCGAGUACAAAACUCCACAUUACGUGAAUGGUGCUCCAUUCUUACGUGCUCUAAAGACUAGCACAUUUACACACAACUUGCCUUGCCCUCUACUGGAACAGCCCAAUAUCAUCACAGGCCUUCCUGCUGCCGUGCUGAAUCAGUGUCAGGUUCAGCACAUACCAGCUGUGCUCUUCCAGUGCUUUAGUGAUGUCCUCCAUCCCGACUCUGUCACUAUGGAAACCUUUAAACCCGCCUUGUCAUGUUUCAGCACACGGGUGAAGCUGGAAACAAGUCCAAAAAUGGAAAUACUGCAGAAAUUAACCAUGGUUAAUGAUGCACACAGCAAUCUUUACACAUAGAGGAAGCUCCUCAGAGGUGUACAAUGCUUUUCUAUCUGUAAUGUAUUUUUAUGCCAACACAUUAAACACAUUGUGCUCUGGGA